GAGAUAGGCAGCACCCAGCACCUCAUCCAAACACCGUGUGUACUUGGAGGCGAGCGGUCCGGAGGGAGACACGGUUUCGAAUAGCAGAACCAUUGCAGUCGUCCAUUCGAAUACGACGAACGAGAUGCCUGACACCGAGGGCGCGCGAGAGGGAGUCCCCAGCAUCCUGCGGUGGGAUGGCCCCGUCCCCCUCCCCCCGAUCCCGGACACGAACUACGCCGACUUCGUGCUCAACAUCAUGCUGCAGCACGGAGAGAAGCUGGCGCUGGUCGACGCAAGGACAGGGAAGUAUCACACGUACGGGGACGUCUGCCGAGCCGUCCCGAGGAUCAAGGCGGGCAUGGCGGACGCGGGCGUGAGGAUGGGAGAUGUCCUGCUGCUGGUGACGCCCAAUCACAUCGACUUCCCCCUCGUCCUCCUGGCCACGGUGCUGGCCGGCGCCGUCUGCGUCCCCGUCAGCCCGACUCUCAAGCCAGACGAGGUGGCCCACGUCGCCCGGACGAGCGGCGCGCGGUGGGCGGUGGCGCACGAGACGCUGGCGCCCGCGGUGACCGAGGCGUUCAGCCAGCUGCCCCCGGGCACUCUCCGGCAGCUGUGGGUACUGGGCAGCGCCCCUCGCCUGCCCUCGCUCACGAGCCUCCUGCGGGACAGCCCCGCUUCUGACGCCCAUGCACAGGAGAUCGCCGAUCCGAAGACGACCGUGGCAAUGAUGCUGUUUUCGUCCGGCACGACGGGGCCUCCCAAGGGCGUCAUGCUGUCUCACCGAAACCUCCUGACGUCGCUCCUGCAGAACAAGUACAUGAAGAGUCUCGCCCCUCCAGGAACCCCCAACUUUUUGGAAUCCACGCUGAUGGUCAUCCCCGUCUGCCACACCUACGGAUACAUCAUUCUCAUCAGCUGCAUCCUCUCGGGCGGCAAGACGGUCAUGAUGGCCAAGUUCUCACCCGAGUCCUAUUUCGAGGCGAUCCAGGCGCACAAGGUGAGUCACAGGGACGCCUCGGGGGCUGGGAGGGACGGGCGCGGAGGGGGGGCGCGAGGGCGAGGGAAGUGA